AUGACGACCUUGUCUGCGAAGGACAUCGUAGUGACCUGGGAUGGUGAGCCUAGCACUUGGGCAGACUAUAGCCGCAAGGUACGACUCCAAUGGGAGAAGACGGAAAAGUGGAAGCGCAAGCUUCUAGGACCUGAGUUGGCUUCCCGACUCUCAGGUCGUGCUUGGGCGGUGGUUCCGUCCUUGGAUCAUCGCUUGCUGCAGAAGAAGAACGGCACCAAGUACCUCUUACAAUUUCUCAGAGAUCGGUUGUGCCGCACUGCUGUUCCAGAUGCUGGCGCAAAACUUGAGGAACUCUUCAUCAAGAUGAAGCGUCCAGCAGGAAUGACAAUGAGCGAAUGGGCCAACCAGGUUCAAGAGUCUUACAGAAAGGUUCAGAGAGCCUUGGUGCGAGCAAGACAAGACAAGCUGUUGGAUCGACUGCAACGCGAUCCGAACCUCAAGCUGAACCACCGAGUCCACAGAGAGGAAGACCUACACCGAGAACUUCCCCACCUCCAUCACCACCGACUUCUCCGAAGGAGACACCACAAGAUCGAGGAGCACAACUUUCUGGACAAGAUGACGGUCGUGGUGGAGUACUUCAUCCAGAACAAGGAGGAUAUGAUCAAGUACCUCAAGAAGAUCCUUCUGAACCAGGACAACAAGAAUGGACGGAUGAUGAAUGGCGUCAAUGGCAUCGCCAACGUCGAGGACUUUGCAUGGGAUGAACUGGAAGUCGAAGAAGUGCAUGUCCUCCCAGACGAGAUUCUGGGAUGGCUGCUUUUGAGAAGGGCUAACCUGAGUUCAGCCAACAGGUUAGCGGUGCAAAGCAGUGUCCAGAACAGCCUGUUCUUUCGGGACAUCGAGAAUGCGCUGAGAGAUCAAGAGGAGGAGCUGCUUCAAGCAGAUCAACAUCGACUUCCCCAUCGCAAGAGGACUUACUGGGUAGAAGAUCAAGGUGUUUGGGGUCUACUUGUGUCUGAGGAUGCAGUGGAUGAUGCCGCUACAGAGAUUCACUGGGUUGGAUCCCAUCUCCCUGCGGAGGUCUAUGUCCCUGAGUAUGCCGACGAGGAGAACGAAGAAGCUGAGGAGAUUCACUGGUCCUAUGACUACGAUGGUUGGCAUGGCCAUGUUCAAGAUGUCUACGGCGUUUGGUUUGAGACUGAUGGCUUUGGAACCUACUGGAAUGAGGAUGACUACUCCGACCUGACACCGGAGCAGACGAAAGAGUUGGACGAGGCCUAA